AUGAAAAGUGUUUCGGAUACAUUGAAAAACGCACGGCUCACGAUAUCGGCGCUGACGGCGGAGGACAGCGGCGUGUACGGCUGCCACGCGCACAACGCCUACAGCUCGCACUCCUCGCAGGUCCAGAUCUCCGUGCAAGGCAUCUUCAUCCCGUCGCACUGCACGGACAACCCGUUCUUCGCGGACUGCAAGCUGAUCGUGCGCAGCAAGUUCUGCAACCACCAGUACUACUCCCGACGCUCGGCUUACGAUAUCGGCGCUGACGGCGGAGGACAGCGGCGUGUACGGCUGCCACGCGCACAACGCCUACAGCUCGCACUCCUCGCAGGUCCAGAUCUCCGUGCAAGGCAUCUUCAUCCCGUCGCACUGCACGGACAACCCGUUCUUCGCCGACUGCAAGCUCAUCGUGCGCAGCAAGUUCUGCAACCACCAGUACUACUCCCGGUUCUGCUGCGCGUCGUGCGUGCAGGCCGGCCAGCUCAGCGCGCUCGAGGUGGGCCAGCAGGCCGACCAGGCCUGGAAGCGCAAGAAGUAGCCGGCCCGCGCCACACCACACAUAUUACUCCAACCAAAAUUAGUUUAAACCUCUCGACACUCCCAGUUUCACACCCGUAUUCACAAACGAUGCUUGAAGCUUGCGUGAAGCAGCAAAUCAAACGCACAGCGUUUAAUAGAGCUGUGUGAUUGGUUUGUAGUUUUGUACGUCAUCCUAUGCGUCAUAGUAAUGUUUGUGAAUACGGGCGUCAGUCUCGAUGUAAUUGCAUGUGCCAUAAACUGAAUGUUAGCAUUGACUGUGUUAAAUGUCUGUUGUCCUGUUUUAGAACAUUUCCUAUUUACAAACUAUUGAUUUUAUGGCGUAGGUAACUGUUUUAUGUUGUUCGUCGACAGCUGUAAGUGUACCAAGAGUUUAAUGUAGAUAGUGAUAAUGGAAAUGUAAAUAAAUACGUUUAAUGACACAAAGUUCCAUCUGUGAUGGGAUAUAUAAAACUUUUAAGUUUAACUCGAAUUCUUAGUAGUCAUGGAUAUAGAAGAUAAAUUAUUUAUUUCAUAAGAUGUUUAGAUGCAAUGCGUAGGUCGUUAGUGAUAAGCUGAAGUCAACGAUAGACGAUUGGAGCAUGAAUUUAUGAAGUCAUAAUAAUUGUUUAAGUGAAUUUUAUAUUGUGACAGUGUAAAUAGCGAACAAUAAAGUGGUAUUAAUUAAAAACGUGUUUUCUUAUUACUAUUACCCGUUUAUUAGAAAAUGGAAUAAAUAGUAGAUGUUAAAACAUCUCAUUACACUAACACUACUCGUAGGUACAAUAUGGAUAUUCAAUGAUCAGAAGCUCAUUUAUGCUCUUACAUUACUGAGUAUACGAUAUUAACAUGGGUAAUUAAGUAUAGAAAAAAAAAGAUUAUAAAUGCGAUAACAUAAAUUUUUAUUUACAUUCCGAAAUUCACAGUCAAAUAUAACAAGAAACUUCCUACAUCAACUUACCUGUCAAUGAAAGUACAAUGAGAUAGUCCCCACGGCCCACUGAUGAUUUUUAUAUACAUUCACAUACACAUGACGUAAUUUCGUGCGCUGACCCCGCUGCGAGUGCAUGUAGCACCGAAUCAUUAACUAAAUCAUUUUAUUGUCAGUCCAUUUACAUAAUAAAAUCAAAAGAAUCGUUAAAAGUGCGAAGGCUAGGCCUGUACAUAAACAUCUACCGAGUGCGGUACUCAUUUUACAAUUUCCUACUUCGGCUCGAUCGCGUCGCCUCGCUUGCGCAUACUCUUUGAGAGCAAAACGUCGAUACAUACACAUAAUACAAUUCUUAGUACAGAUAAAUUAAAACACGAUACAAGUUUAUAUACACCAAACUAUAUUGUAAUGUACACGCGCUACUCGGGCGCGGGCGGCUCUAGACCGGACAAGCCUCGGACGGCGUCGGGCGCUCGUCCGUACGCAUCCUGAAUAUCUUACAGGGCGCCGCGCGGGCCCAUCUUAGUAUCACAAUACGUGUUAAACUAAACGGAGGUCCCACUAAAUCCUAAGUAAAAGCCUACGAAAAAAACUAUAGAAAAGAAAUCCUCUGGUAGAAAGAAACACUCGUUA